AUGGUGUCCGAUAAUGGCAUUAAUAGUAUCCCUGCUCAUGAUUUGCAAACCCAUGGCUCCAUUGAGUGCUAUUUUGGCGAGAGAGUCCGCUGUUACGUUAUCAGCUCUGCUUAUCACUUGGAAACCCAGUUCCCAGUUCCAUUUCAUCAUUUCCUGAACCUCGUGGAUGCUUUGCCCGUCCUCAUGAAGGAGUCAUUUCCUUUUGGUCGCCGCGGCAUGAAGCAGAUGGUGAUGAGCGGCGCCGCGCCGUUCCUUCCCGACGAAAUCAUCACCUACAUUCUCACGUGGCUUCCAGUGAAAUCCCUAAUGCGAUUUCGAUGUGUCUGCAAACAUUGGAAGAAUCUGUUCAAAACCCCUUCUUUCAUCCAAGACCAUCUCUGCCACUCCACUCAUCAAAACCCUUCUCUUGUUAUUGGGCAUUCUAAUAGAGGUGAACCUUGCCGCUUAUAUUUGCUCGACUGCGAGAUGCAAUUUUGUGAGUUUGAGAAGACACCUUUCCUCGGUUCCUGCAAUGGUUUGCUUUGCCUCGCCGAUUACACCAUCCGUCCUGCUACCCCUUUAUUGUGGAAUCUGGCUACUAGAGAGGUCAGACAAAUUCCCAUAACUUUUAAUGAUACUGCGUUUGGUUGGAAUUUUGGAUUUGGGUUCAGUCCUGUUAUUAAUGAUUACAAGAUUGUCAGAUUUUCCUUGAAUCCCUAUGUUUGUGGAGUGGAAGUGUAUUCAUUAAGCACAGGGUCUUGGAGAAACAUACAAUUUGACAAUAUUAAAGGUCUUUUUGUUCUUAGUGAUGGUAUCACUGUUAAUGGAGUUAUGUUUUGGCAUGCGCCAACGGCAGCUGGGAUAGUUUCAUUUGACUUGGCAACGGAAGUGUUUACAGUGACGCCAUGGCCUGCUUUUGCAAGUUAUUCAAGGGAACUUGCUGUGUUUAAGAACAAACUUGCUAUACUUUAUCAUUCUAGGACCAGAAAUUCUCAAUAUUCUUGUCUUUCUUUGGGUGUGAUGGUGGACAGGGGCAUGGGUUCAUCUGGGGAGAGAUGGGUUUCGUGUAAGAAACAUAUUUACAACAUUUGCAACUCUGAUCUUCAUUUAUGUGCUGGGACAAUUUGGAGGAAUGAAAUUGUCUUCAUUUAUUUGGGAAUGCCUACAUUUACUGACCCUGGAAUGGAGGAUGUUGAAGGCCUAUAUCUGUUCAAUGUCAAUACUAAUGAACUUAAGUUGCUUGCUACCCCUAGACUACAACCUCUACAUGCUGUUAGUGUUUUUCAUUAUGUGGAAAGUCUUGUACCACUUGGGAACAUUCAAAUUGAAGAGCUUAAUUCUCAAGGUUAA